AUGAUGGCUAGAAAAGUGGGGUCAGUUUGGGCAGAGAGGUACUACAAGGGCUUACAUGAGCAGAAAUUCAACAAUAAUUGGGAAGUGCUCCUAAUGUAUGCAUGUGAGGGUCUUCAUCGCUUCAUGUUCACUCAACACCUUGUUGGUGUUCACAACAUAUCAGGAGCUGCCAUAUCUAUUUUCCUUCUCUAA